CUCCCUAAAUUAGGUUCAAUUUGUUUCAUAAUAUUACUUGAGCUUGUUCUAACCAUAUAAUAUUUAUGCCUUAAACGAAUCAACGACAUAGACUAUAACAGUGAUGCUUUCAAGUUCAGAUGACUGAUAGGUAGACAACAUAGCUGCCAACAUCUCGGACAGUCUGCUGGACAUGAAACACGACUCAGGCGCAACUGCGACGAUCACUUGGCAAGCCUAGACGCUGGCAGUCUGAAGAAUGAAGUCAUCAGCUCAGCUCUGUGGCGCUGCCGUGCUGCUGCUACUGCAGGCCGUUGGGAGCCUCACAGCCGUGCAAGGGAUGGAGGUGUCGUCAGUAGAGGUGCCCCGCUACCUGCUGCUGGGGGAGAGCGCUACGCUGGCGUGUCACUUCCGCCUGCAGGACGAGGUGCUAUACUCCCUCACUUGGUGGAAGGACGGUCGCCAGUUCUACUCCUACAUCCCCAGCAAUAGCCCUAGGGUCGUCGUCUUCAAUGUGCCUGGGGUCACCGUCAAUAUAGAUGCCUCCAGAGAAGGCCGUGUGGAGCUGGUAGGGGUGACGGCAGCCACAGGCGGGCAGUACAGAUGUGAGCUGGUGGGGGAAGGCCCUACCUUCACCACCACCUUCGCCUCUGCUAACCUCUCCAUCAUCAACACCCCGGACGGUCCUCCAGUGAUCAGAGGACUCAAAGAUCUGUACCAUGAAGGCGACGUAAUUAGUCUAACGUGUACGUCGUACAGAUCCUUCCCAGCUGCCCAGCUUUCUUGGUCCAUUAAGGAGGACGAGGAGCUGCAACAAAGUAAUAUCUUAGACGACCGUCAAAGCCUUCAGCCGAGGCUCGGCAAAAUUGAGUCAGUCACAAAUAAGAAAGUCAAGGGCACGUUGGGCCUCGAGCAGGCUCGCAAGAACGACCUGCCCAGAUCCAAUAUUCGCAUGCAAAUUCCGGCACAGAGUGAAAUAUUGAAAGGCAAAGACACGCGCGCCAGCGAUCACACGGCUUACGGCCAAGCCGCUGACGCUGCGGCCGCGAGAAAAACAACCGCACCCAUACCCUUCACCUACUCCACGAAGUUCAAUCGAAGCGCAAUCCCCACGAAUCAUGGGAAAUUCAGUGAAGUUUUGGAAGAUUUAAAGAAUAUCUCUUCAGAUGUGCACGGCAAGGCCCAAAAUUAUUUACUUCACUCGCGGGAGAGCUCGUCCUAUCCGCUAUUUUUCUCGUUCCGGUCACUCAAGUCGAUUUCAUUGGCCAACAAACAGCCAACACUCACCCAUAAGCGAACGUUUUAUUCGAAGAAGAAGUUGUUUGGCUGGAGGGAAGUUAAAGACCUGCGCGGCUCAUCAGCUUCACCUUUUUUUAAUCAGGAUAACAGUUUAUAUUCUAAGGACAAUAGUUACGACUAUCCUAUGUUAUCCGAACUUGUGUCACAGGCAACGAACCUGAGACACGCAACUACCUUGCAAGAACUUACUUUACCUCCGCAUGUUCAGAAACACUUUCACUCUUCAACUCCUGGUCCACCUCUUGAAAACACAUACACUACCACACAAAUGUACCACACAUACACAACCACACAAGUACACAACUCAUACACCUCCCCUUUACUCCGUAACACCAACGAACACACCACUGCACCACAUUACAACACAUACAGCAAAGUACAUCACAACACAGUACACCACAACAAACAACAAACGGAACGCGUGGUCCGCGAGCACGGCUCCCUCUCCGCAGCUAAAGAACUCGUAAACGCGCACGUCUCACGAGAAGAGCUUCCUGGUCUACCGAAGCAUCGCUUGGCCCUGCAAACGAGGGCUGUCGGGCCACAGCAGCACGCGCCCUCUGAGAGGGCGAGGCACGCUUUCCGACAGAUAGAGAAGGCGCUUACAGAGGAGCAACCACCCGUUGUGGAGGUCGUCUGGAGAGGCAGUAGCAGCAGGGCUGACAGUGAACAAACGGUAAAUAGCAGCAACAGAGGAGGUGACAGCAACAGAGGGCGGACCAGCAACAGAGGGGGGACCAGCAACAGAGAGGGGACCAGCAACAGAGGGGGGACCAGCAACACAGAGGUGCACAGCAACAGAGGGGGCGAACAGGCCGUAAGCAGCGUGCCGGCUGACGGCGCUGAGGAGACUCUGUACACAGACUCCCUGACGCUGCGUCUCCCAGCCACGCGGCGACUGGCCAGGAGGAAUGUUGUCACGCUCAGGUAUUAG